CUCUCUCCCACCACAAUAAAAACCCCGUCCUACCUCUCCCCGUUCUCUCAGGGUCUCUCUCUUCAACUACUUCGCACCCACCAACUACCAACGCUGAGAGGCUCUCUCCAUUUCCCUCCCUACGCGUCUUCCAAUUAUUCCUUCACCGGCGUCUCCGUCUUUACCGGCUAUGCAAUCGUCGUCCAGCUCCCCGUUGGAUCUCAUGUCGGCGAUCAUCAAGGGCAAAGUGGACCCUUCCAACGUCUCGUCCGACUCCGCAAACGAGGUGGCUUCUCUUAUCUUUGAGAACCGCGAGAUUGUCAUGAUUUUGACCACUUCCAUUGCGGUCCUCAUCGGCUGCGUUAUCGUCUUGAUUUGGCGGAGAUCCAACGGUUCCAAACCCAAAGUCGUGGAGCCUCCCAAGCCGUUGAUCGUGAAGCAGCUGGAGCCAGAAGUUGACGAUGGCACAAAGAAGGUCACCAUUUUCUUCGGCACGCAGACCGGUACCGCUGAAGGAUUCGCAAAGGCGUUAGCCGAGGAGGCCAAAGCGCGGUACGAGAAGGCGACGUUUAAAGUAGUUGAUCUGGACGAUUAUGCGGCCGACGACGAAGAGUACGAGGAGAAAUUGAAGAAAGAGAGUUUGGCUUUCUUCUUCUUGGCCACAUAUGGAGAUGGUGAGCCGACCGACAAUGCGGCCAGGUUCUAUAAAUGGUUUUCCGAGGGGAAGGAGAGAGGGGAGUGUCUACAGAACCUUCAGUACGGAGUAUUUGGCCUUGGCAAUAGGCAGUAUGAGCAUUUCAACAAGGUUGCCAAGGUGGUGGAUGACAUCCUUGCCGAGCAGGGAGGGAAGCGCCUUGUCCCGGUGGGUCUUGGAGAUGAUGAUCAAUGCAUUGAAGAUGACUUCACUGCUUGGCGGGAAUUGGUGUGGCCUGAGUUGGAUCAAUUGCUUCGAGGUGAGGAUGAUCCAACAACAGUUACCACCCCUUACACUGCUGCUGUAUUGGAAUAUCGGGUUGUGUUCCAUGACAGCGCUGAUGCAUCAGUACUUGACAAAAGUUUGGUUAAUGGAAAUGGAAAUGCUGUUUAUGAUGCUCAACAUCCAUGCAGGUCCAAUGUCGCUGUGAGAAAGGAGCUUCACACUUCUGCAUCUGAUCGUUCUUGCACCCACCUGGAAUUUGACAUUUCUGACUCUGGACUUUCAUAUGAAACUGGGGAUCAUGUUGGUGUUUACUGUGAGAAUCUAAGCGAAGUUGUAGAGGAGGCACUGAGUGUAUUGGGUUUGUCACCAGAUACUUAUUUCUCCAUCCACACUGAUAAAGAGGACGGCACACCACUUUGCGGCAGCUCCUUACUCCCUCCUUUUCCACCCUGUUCCUUAAGAACAGCACUGGCUAAAUAUGCUGAUCUUUUGAGUUCACCCAAAAAGUCUUCCCUACUCGCUUUAGCAGCUCAUGCUUCUGAUCCGACUGAAGCUGACCGAUUAAGACAUCUUGCAUCACCUGCCGGAAAGGAUGAAUAUGCACAAUGGGUGGUUGCUAGUCAGAGAAGCCUCCUGGAAGUCAUGGCUGAAUUUUCAUCAGCAAAGCCCCCACUUGGUGUCUUCUUUGCAUCAGUUGCCCCACGCUUGCUGCCCAGAUACUAUUCAAUCUCAUCAUCCCCAAGGAUGGCUCCAACUAGGAUUCAUGUUACUUGUGCAUUAGUUGACGAGAAAACACCAACUGGGCGGAUUCACAAAGGAAUUUGUUCUACUUGGAUGAAGAAUGCUGUGCCCCUGGAGAAAAGCCAUGAUUGCAGUUGGGCUCCUAUUUUUGUUAGGCAAUCAAACUUCAAACUCCCUGCAGAUACUAAAGUGCCUGUUAUUAUGAUUGGCCCUGGCACCGGAUUGGCUCCUUUCAGGGGUUUCCUGCAGGAAAGAUUAGCUCUCAAAAGAGCUGGAGCGGAAAUGGGACCUUCCGUCUUAUUCUUUGGAUGCAGGAACCGUCAAAUGGAUUACAUCUAUGAAGAUGAGCUGAACAACUUUGUGGAAACUGGUGCUCUUUCAGAGCUAGUUGUUGCCUUCUCGCGUGAGGGGCCUACCAAGGAAUAUGUACAGCAUAAAAUGAUCGAGAAGGCUUCGGAUAUUUGGAACGCCAUUUCCCAGGGAGGUUACAUUUAUGUUUGUGGGGAUGCCAAAGGCAUGGCUAGGGAUGUCCACCGAACGCUCCACACCAUCGCGCAAGAACAGGGAUCUCUUGACAGCUCCAAAGCUGAGAGCAUGGUAAAGAAUCUGCAAAUGAAUGGCAGGUAUCUGCGUGAUGUGUGGUGACGAUUCCUUACAUCAUCUGGUAAAGGAGGAAUAAACCUAUAGAAAAUGCGUAGGAAUACAACGGUGGGGGCUUAUUGUGAUGCCUUCAAUUGCAGAGGACAAUUGCAUAUUGUCCCCUAGAAGUCGGUUCUGUGAUUCUUUUUACAUUUUCCGUAUGACGGAUUUUUUUUUUUUUGUUUAUAUAUAUAUAUAUAUAUAUAUAUAUAUGUAGUAUAAUAAUUAUUGGUAGGCAGAGGUUAUGAGCUAUUGAGCUCCAAUAUUCCUUGUAUGAACCAGCAAGAUGGUUCAAUGACACACAUGAUUUUCUUCUUUAUGUAAUUGUAUUGCGUGGAUUUAUGUUUGCUAUCUGAAGUAAACCAACUUCUUUUUGUCA